CUGGACUGGAAGUAGAGCUGCCAGGACACGAACCUGAAUCCAAACAGGAUGUCAGUGCUUGACAUUACAGAAUUAGCAUAUUGAGCCAUAGUGCUGGCCCUACCUUAUCUUUUUUUUUUUUUUUCCUUUCCUGGCCACAGAAGUCUUUGUUUCCAUCUUCUGCCCUUUUCUGUGAACCCUAUAGUAAGGGUCAACCUCUGGAGGUGAUGAAGGCCCCACAGGGUCCAUUGCUUGACUGGACCUGCUUUAUGAUAUCCACUGUGUCAUUUAGCGUAGGAGGUCUGUUUUACUUGCCAGAGCCCCAGCCACACUUAGAACCGCAGCUGUUUCCCAACAAUCUGUCCAUUCCCUCAGCUUUGUGAUGGGCACUUGCUAGGGAGGCAGGAUUCUUACCCUGAAAAUGGAAGCUUCUUGGGUUGUUGCCUCUGCCUGGAGGAUGUACAUCUGUUCGCUUGAGGUUUUUCCACCAAGAGAUCCUGUUUACCAGGGCAGACCUCAGGCCCCUGAGAUGUCUGCUCAGGGGACCUGCUAGGGGCCAGCCCCUGCUUUCUCCUAGCAGAACUCUCUGCAUCUUGCCCAGCUCAUUUGGGGCUCUGUGUCCUCAUCAGGCCUCUGCUCAAAUCGGCCCCUCCUGCAGGAAGCCUUGGCAGCCCUACCUUCAUGGGACUACUCCCAGGCUAAGCUCCCAGUCCCUGAAUCCAUGUCCCCAGCCCUGGCUGCUAACCACAGACUUUGCCCUGGCCUAUCCCAGCCCCUCAGCUCCCUUGACCCUUCCCUUCCUCCAGGAAUCAGUGAGAGGGAACUUUCAAGAUCACAUCAUGUCCACCAUUCUCUUCCUACUUUUUAAACCUCCCCUGAUGAUGGUCACAUUCAAGGCUGGCACGCUUCAUCAUCACACACGCACACUUUGGAAAAGACAGCACUUAAGUUUGUGUGGGAUCAAGUGGACCCAGAAAGGACACAGGUAAACCAGUUGAAGACCACAGAGCCCCAGGUGGGUAUAACACUCCCACCACAGCCCCUGCCUGCACCUCACCAGGACAAGCCGAGAGGCCAGACCCUUAGCCCACUGUCCCCAUCCCCCUCAACACUAUUUUCCUCCAGAAACAACUUACUAGACAAGGAUCCUACAGAGAUGGUGGCAGGGAAGCUGGCCAUCCAGCCCAGGCAUCUGCUUCAGCAAUGCCAGGCACAAUCCACCCAGUGAAAAGGGGCGGCACUGAACUGACCUUCAACUCCAGAUUAAUGAACAACCAUCUGUAGAAUGUUUUUGGCUCCCUCUGGCAGGUAGCAACGGAGGAGUGUACACCUGCCCCAAGUCAAACCUGGCCAGACUGUGAGAAGAGAAGAGGCAGAGCCAGCCGAGAGAGUGAACGAACCAUGGACAAGUUCAAGUGCCCGGGUUUCUUCAAGUGCAGAAGAAAGGAGAAAGUGACAAUUUCAUCUGAGAACUUCCGUGUUGAUGAACAUGAUGAGAAUCAAGAACGUGGUAACUGGUCCAAAAAAUCAGACUAUCUUCUAUCUCUGAUAGGAUAUGCAGUGGGCCUGGGAAAUGUGUGGAGAUUCCCAUAUGUGACUUAUAACAACGGUGGAGGUGCCUUCUUGAUACCUUACGCAAUUAUGCUUGCCUUGGUUGGUUUACCACUGUUCUUCCUAGAGUGUUCAAUGGGGCAGUUUGCUAGCUUGGGUCCAAUUUCCAUUUGGAGGAUUCUUCCAUUGUUUCAAGGUGUGGGAGUUACAAUGGCCCUGCUAUCCAUUUUUGAGGCGAUCUGUUACAAUGUCAUUAUUGCCUAUAGUCUUUACUACUUGUUUGUGUCUUUUCAACGUGAAGUGCCAUGGAAAUACUGCUCUUCUUGGUCAGAUGACAGCUGCAGCAGAUCGCCUAUAUUAACUUGCUGUAAUGUAAGUACUGGAACAAGGGAAAUCAUCAAAGUGAAUAAAACCUGGAUUGACAUCAACAAUCUGACCUGCAUCCCUGGGAGUGAGAUUUAUCAGCCAGGGCAGCUUCCCAGUGAGCAGUAUUGGCAUAAAGUGGUGCUCCAACGAUCCAGCGGAAUAGAUGAGACUGGAGUCAUUGUAUGGGAGUUAGCACUUUGUCUUCUUCUGGCAUGGCUCAUCGUUGCAACAGCACUGUUUAAAGGAAUCAAGUCUUCUGGCAAAGUGGUUUAUUUCACAGCUCUUUUCCCCUACGUGGUCCUACUCAUCUUUUUAAUACGAGGAACAACCCUGGAGGGUGCAUCCAAAGGCAUUUCGUACUACAUUGGCUCACAGUCGAAUUUUACCAAAUUGAGGGAAGUGGAGGUUUGGAAAGAUGCUGCUACCCAGAUAUUUUUUUCUCUCUCAGUGGCUUGGGGUGGCUUAGUUGCUCUAUCAUCUUACAGUAAAUUCCAUAAUAACUGCUACUCUGAUGCCAUUACAGUUUGUUUGACAAAUUGCCUCACAAGUGUGAUUGCUGGGUUUGCUAUUUUUUCUAUCCUGGGACACAUGGCUCAUAUAUCCGGAAAGGAAGUCUCUCAAGUCGUAGCAUCAGGUUUUGAUUUGGUAUUCAUUGCUUAUCCAGAAGCUUUAACCCAGCUCCCAGGAGGCCCAUUUUGGUCCAUAUUAUUUUUCUUCAUGCUUUUGACUUUGGGUCUGGAUUCUCAAUUUGCUAUUGUUGAAACUAUUACAACAUCGAUUCAGGAUUUGUUCCCCAAGUUGAUGAAGAAAAUGAGGGUUCGUGUAACUUGGGCUUGUUGCUUGGCUUUGUUUCUCCUUGGUCUCAUGUGUGUGACCCAGGCUGGCAUUUACUGGGUUCUUCUGAUUGACCACUUCUGUGCUGGGUGGGGCAUUCUGGCUGUAGCUAUACUGGAAAUAGUGGGGGUCAUCUGGAUUUAUGGAGGCAACAGGUUUAUUGAAGAUAUAGAAAUGAUGAUUGGCACAAAGAGAUGGUUCUUCUGGCUGUGGUGGAGAGCUUGCUGGUUUGCCAUUACACCUAUCCUUUUGAUGGCAAUUCUAGUCGGGUCACUGGUACAAUUUCAGAGACCUAAAUAUGGCCAAAUUCCAUACCCCGACUGGGGAGUUGCUCUAGGCUGGUGUAUGAUUAUUUUCUGCCUUAUUUGGAUUCCAAUUGUGGCUGUCAUAAAAAUAAGUCAGGCUAAAGGGAGCAUUUUUCAAUGCAUUGUAAGCUAUUGCAAACCAGCUUCUAACUGGGGUCCAUACCUAGAAAGACAUCGUGGGGAGAGAUACAAGGGCAUGGUAGAGCCUAAAAGAGAGGUUGACUUUGAAAUACCUACUGUUCAUGGCAGCAGUAGCCCAGAAUGAGAUCUCAAUUAUAUGUGUAUAUAUAUA